AUGAGGAGAUUAAAGGCUCUAGACUCAGAUCCCUCACCAAUUUCUUCAUCGAAAGAUGCGGUUACUAUCAUUGAUCAUGAUCAUACUCUAGAUCUUCCCAUUGCUCUCUGCAAAGAUUCUAUCCAUAUCCCUAAAACUAUUAUUGAGGUAUUAUCUCAUCCUGGUUGGUGUGCUAUUAUGAAAGAAGAAAUAGAGGCUUUAGAUACAAAUGAUCCACAAUUUUUGGCAAAUGAUCUUUAUGAUGUAAGUUUUAAAGGAACUUGGAUGCUUGACCUUGGUAUCAAAUGUGGAGAAGGGGAGGUGUGGCCUAGGCCUUAUGUUGUCCCUGACUUCACACAAUCAAAGGUUUGCUCUUGGUGGGCUAGUUUAGUUAAAGAUUUCAUUUCUGAUGAUGUUGAUGGUAUAUGGAAUGAUAUGAAUGAGCCAGUUGUUUUUAAAGUGACUCUCAUUAUAUAUGGCAUGCUAAUGGGAAGAUCAACAUUUGAAGGCAUGAAAUUAGCUAAUGAAAAUAAGCAUCCCUUUGUUCUUACUAGAGCUGGAUUUAUUGGCAGUUAA